AUGGAUACUAACGCCGACUUUUGUUCCCUUGGCAAGAACUUUGUCAUCAUGAGCUACACACCAAGAUUGGCCGAUGUGUACGCGUACGACCCAGCUCUACCACCAACCAAUGUACCAAUUGUAUCUGGGGCGACCGCUUAUGACUGCCCACAGAGCGGCAACACGUUCAUAUUGAUAUUCAAGGAAGCACUUUACUAUGGGAACCGGUUAGACCAUUCAUUGAUCAACCCAAACCAAGUCCGCAAGUUCAGAAUUCCCCUAUGGGAUAAUCCGUUUGAUGAGAUGAGGAAUAUUGGCAUCAAAACCAAGCCAAUAUUCGUUGCACUCAAGGCAAAGGGGACAAAGUUACUAUUUGAUUCAAGGGCCCCAACUGAUCAAGAUCUUGCAAAUUGCCCCCACAUUGAUAUGACGAGCAAAGUGCCUUGGAACCCAGGUACCGUACAACUUGGGAAAGUCUCAAUUGUCCACAAAGACCCAAUAGAUGACCCAAGAUCCAACGAAGCUGAAUUGAGACAAUUGGAUCCAAUCAUGCAAGGAAUGAACGAAUGGCGCACGGUACAGCAGACAAUAGUCGAUGGGGAGAGAUUCUUCCAACAAGUUGGACGAAUGGACGAUGAUGCACGAUUUGCAGAUGUACCUGUGAGGCCGUCCUUUGUAUCCACGGAACGACACACCAAAGCAACGGCAGAAAACCUAUCUGAACGACUAGGAAUCGGUUUGCACAGAGCACGCGCCACCUUGAGAUCAACACUACAAAGGGGAACACGAUCCGCCAUACUACCACUGGCAAGGAGGUACCGAGCAGACCGCAUGUUCCUAAGACCACGACUGAAAGGCAAGUUCUCAACCGACACAGCCUAUUUCAACCACAAAUCGAUACGAGGCAACAUCGCAAGCCAGAUCUAUUUCCACAAGAGCGGUUUCUACAGUUGCCAUCACCUCUCAAAAGUGGACGACAAGCAAGUUGGGCCGACCCUCAAGAAAUUCAUAGCUGACUACGGUAUACCAGAGCACCUCACAAUGGACGGAGCAGCAGUACAAGUGGGAUGCAACACGAGCUUUAUGGAAACGAUCAACAGAGCCGCGAUUAACUAUCACAUAUCCAGACCAUACUGA